AUGGGGAAACAUCCAGUCAUUGGCCUCCUCGGCGGCGGUCAGCUCGGCCGCAUGCUCCAGGAAGCCGCCUCGCCUCUCAACAUCGAGCUGGCCAUUCUCGACGCCGCCGGCUCGCCCGCCAAGCAAAUAUGCGAAAAUACCAAGCACGUGUCGGGCUCCUUCAACGAUCCGGCCAAGAUCCGCGAGCUCGCUGCGCGCGUUGACGUGCUCACCGUCGAGAUUGAGCACGUCGACGCCGACGUGCUCGAGGAGAUUGCCACCAAGGGCGUCUCGACGGGCGCUGGCCCCCUGAAAAAGGUGCCCUGCCAUCCAUCGUGGGAGACGAUUCGCCUGAUUCAGGACAAGUACCUGCAAAAAGAACACUUUUUGCGCGGGGGUAUUCCCGUCGCGCCGCAGACGGCCGUCGGCACGCUCACGGUCGAGGCGCUGCAGGCCGUCGGGGACGAGCAUGGCUUCCCGUUUAUGCUCAAGGCGCGCAAGGGCUCGUACGACGGCCGAGGCAACUUUCAGGUGCGCGGGCCACACGACUUUGACGAGGCCAUCCGCUCCAUGGGCAAGCUGUCACUAUACGCGGAAAGGUUCCAGCCAUUCGCCAAGGAGCUGUCCGUCAUGGUGGUGAGAACCGAAGACGAUGACGGCAAACUACGAGACGUAUACCCAUACCCCGCCGUCGAGACGGUACAUGAGGACAGCAUCUGCACAAAGGUCUAUCUGCCGCCACGCGGGGUGCCGGCCGAGGCGUGCGAGGAGGCGCGCAAGGUCGCGAGCAAUGUCAUUCGCACGCUCAAGGGCCGUGGUGUUUACGCAGUGGAAAUGUUCUUGCUCAAAGACGGCGGUAUCGUGGUCAAUGAAGUCGCCCCCAGACCGCACAACUCGGGCCACCUCUUCACCGAGGCCAUCCCCUACAUGUCGCAGUUUAAGGCGCAGCUAUGCGCUAUUCUCGACAUUUUCCCCAGCGACGGCAAGGUGACGCUACAGCCGCGCGUUAAGUCGGCCAUUAUGCUCAACAUUCUAGGUGGCGCAACCGAAGAUUCACACGAGAAGCUAGUAGAAACGGCCAGCCGUAGCUACGAUAAUGAUAUGGACGUCUACAUCCACCUGUAUGGUAAAGCAUCGAAGCCCGGCCGCAAAAUUGGCCACAUUACCGUGACGUCGCCGUCAAGCCAGAUCACCAGCCUGGAGCAGCUGGCUAGCUCUCUGACCCAGGAGGUGGACAGCAUCCGCGAGGGCCGCAUCGCGAGCGCGGCCGUGCAGCUGCGCCCCUCGGACGCCGCGCCUGCUCCCGCCAAGCCCAUGUCGUCGCGCAACCGCAGCAAGCCCCUCGUAGUCGUCACGAUGGGGUCAGACUCGGACCUCCCCGUGCUCAAGGGCGCGUUCGAGGUGCUAGAGAAGUUUGGGGUGCCGUACGACUACACCAUCACGUCGGCGCACCGGACGCCGCAGCGCAUGGUCGAGCUAGGCCGGGCGGCGGCGUCGCGCGGCGUGCGGGUGCUGAUUGCGGCGGCCGGCGGCGCCGCGCACCUCCCCGGCAUGCUGGCGUCGGAGACGGUGCUCCCGGUCAUUGGCGUGCCGGUCCGGGCGACGCACCUCGACGGGCAGGACUCGCUGCUCAGCAUCGUGCAGAUGCCCCGCGGCUGUCCCGUGGCGACGGUGGGCAUUAAUAAUUCGACCAACGCGGGCCUGCUGGCCGUCAAGAUUCUCGGCAGCGGCGGCGGCGGUGGCGACGCCGGCUAUAGUGCGGCAAUGGAAAAGUACAUGAAGAACAUGAGCGACGAGGUGGAGGCCAAGGCGGGCAAGCUGGAGGAGUUGGGCUGGGAAGCGUAUCUGGAGAAAUGA